CCCAUUUUUUGUCCGGACAUCCUUUGAUGACUCUGCUCAAGUAAAAGCCAUAGCUGCCAUCAUUGAAGCUUAUAGCUGGUUCGAAGUUGUUCUCGUCUAUGAAGACACAGAUUAUGGCAAUGGUUUGAUUCAGUAUCUGGUGGACGCUAUCCAGGAGGUUGGUGCUCGAGUACCUUACAGAAGUGUCAUAACUCCAUCUUCUAAUGAUGCUGAAAUUCUAAGGGAGCUUGACAGGUUAAACUCAAAGUCAACAAGAAUAUUUCUGGUGCAUAUGACUGCCUCCCUCGGGUCCAAAUUCUUUAUACUAGCAAAUAAGGUAGGUAUGAUGAGUGAAGGGUAUGCAUGGAUUGUCACCGAAGGGUUAUCAACUUUUUUAGAUCCUGUGAAUUCGACAACCAUGGAUUCAAUGGAAGGUGUGUUGGGAGUAAGGCCAUAUAUCCCAAUGACAAAAGAUCUUGAAGACUUUCAGUCAAGAUGGAAACAACCAAACAAGAUGACUGCAGGCCUAAACCUCUUUGGAUUAUGGGCAUAUGAUACAGUUUGGGCACUGGCAAUGGCGGUGGAGAAAGUGGGAACAACAAGUUCUAGCUCUAUGAAACAUAACACAAGUAGAGUCAUUAAUCUUGCAACCUCGGAAACCAGUAAGAUGGGUAAAAAUCUUCUUGAAACAAUCCCAAGUUCAAAAUUUCAAAACCUAAGUGGGAAUUUCCAGUUGGUCAAGGGACAGUUAGAACCUUCAACCUUUGAGAUAUUCAAUGUGAUUGGCAGUAAAGAAAGGAUUAUUGGAUAUUGGAUUGACCAACAAAAAGGGCUGUCAAGGCAGCUCAAGUAUGAUAAUAGUGAAGCAGAAAAAUCUGAUGUAAAGAGAAGACUCAAGCAACCAAUUUGGCCAGGGGACACUACAGACCAACCUGCAACAAAGAAACUCAGGAUUGGAGUUCCAAUGAAAGAAGGUUUUAAUGAAUUCAUAAAAGUGGAAAACAAAAAUAUAUCGGGAUUUGCUGCUGAUGUCUUCUUUGCUGCACUGGCUAAACUACCAUUUCCGCUUCCCCAUGACUUCUUAUGCUUCAAUGGGACAUAUGAUGAACUUCUUUACGGAAUCAAAGCAACGAAGUAUGAUGCUGUGGUGGGAGACACAACAAUUGUAGCUAAUCGCUCAUUGUAUGUAGAUUUUACAUUGCCGUAUUCAGAGUCAGGAGUGUCAAUGGUAGUUUUGGUGGAAAAUAAUGAAAGAGGCAAUAUUUGGAUUUUUUUGAAGCCGUUAAGUUUGGAUCUUUGGCUGACAACUGGGGCAGCCUUCAUAUUUACAGGUUUUGUGAUAUGGGUUCUUGAACACCGGGUAAACUCUGAGUUUAGAGGUCCACCACAACAACAACUUGGCAUGAUAUUCUGGUUCUCCUUUUCAACUCUUGUCUUUGCUCAUAGGGAGAAAGUGGUGAACAAUUGGUCAAGAUUAGUGCUCAUAAUUUGGGUUUUUGUGGUCCUUAUCCUGACACAGAGUUACACUGCAAGUUUAGCCUCAAUGUUAACAGUGCAGAGAUUGCAGCCUGCAUUUACUGAUAUAAGAGAGAUCAAAAGGAAUGGUUAUAAUAUAGGAUAUCAAAAGAAUUCAUUUAUUAAAGGGUUUCUAAUGGACAAUUUAAGGUUUGAAGAAUCCAAGUUGAAACCUUAUGUAACCAUUGAGGAGUAUAACCAUGCACUAUCCAGAGGAACCAACAAUGGUGGAGUUGCUGCAAUUUUCGAUGAAAUCCCUUACCUUAAACUGUUCAUUGCAAAGAAUUGUUCCAAGUACACCAUG